UUAAUAUUUGUCGAACAAGGCUAAAUGAUUCGAGGGGACAUUCGGGUGGGAAAUUCGAGCAUAGUCCAAGAAUUUACUUUAAAUUUUAUAGUCGGUUUUUCAUAGUCGAUUCUUAUUUCAAGACCGUCUUAAAUAAUAUCUCAAGAUGCUAAUGCGGCCUUCUGAUUGGUUCGUGAUAUCUUAACACUAAACUUAAAGACAAUCUUGAAUAUAAGAACUAAUUAUGAAUACCGGCUUAUAAUGCGAUAUAAAUGCAAUCGUUUUUUUCCGCAGUAUAAUGUUAUGCAGUGUGAAUUAUGUAAUUUUGUUUCGAUUUAUGAUUAUCGAUUGCUCGCGAAAUCAGCGAAAUGACAAAUUAAUAAGUUUAUUCCUUCAUGAAUAUGCCGUUCUUGAAACCACAAAAAAUUACAUGGUGCAAACAGCGAAUAGAAGCUUGCAAACGAAAUGGCUGGCGACACGCUAUAUAUUUCCCCGAGGUGAAACGUAUUGCUAAAGCGUAUUAUAAGGGCGAAUGGAGAAACGAUAAGAGAGAGGGCAAAGGCAUAGGAGUCAACAGUUACGGUUGGACAUACGAAGGCGACUGGUACAACGACUAUAAACACGGUUACGGCGUCCUCAGUAAAAUUACGCAAGACGACUAUGUGUGCAAGGUGUACGCCGGCAACUGGGCGAAAGGAAGGAAGCACGGAUUCGGAAGUAAUUGGUACAAGGACGGCAGCUACUAUGAAGGCGCAUUUCGAGAUAACAAGCGGGAUGGUUACGGCCGGAUUUGGUACAAGUGCGGCAGCGGAUAUUACCAGGGCAUGUGGCUGAACGAUCGUUACCAUGGAGAAGGGAUACUCAUUCAAGGUUGCGAUUACAUCCUUAGCUUGUGUUUGAUUUUAUUCUUUGCGUUUGCGAAAAUUGUGAAUUAUAAAUUACAUUAUUCCUCAUUCAAGGCGCUUCAUACUUAUCUUCAAGAAAUCCCUAUAAAUAUUUAUCUUAAAAUCUUCAUAGAAAACGGUAAUCUUUACGAGGGUCACUUUACAAAUGGCAAGAAGGAAGGUCGAGGUGUUUUCUACCAUUUAGAGAAACAUCAAGUACAGGAAGGUUGUUGGGAGAAUGACGUCUGCGUGAACAGCACGAUAGAAGACAUCCGACAGCCAGCUUUAUCUCCGAUAUUGCACAUUCCGAGGAUAAACAGUCGACCAGUAAUGGUCGACAUAAUGGUUUCACGUUUCAAUGGCCUUUCUCGCAUUCGCGGAAAAUGGAAAAUAUAACAUGUGUACAUGUGAUUUCUACAAUUUUUUUAUUUUAGUAAAGAGAAUUAAUGAAGAGAAUUCAUUUUUAAUUUUUAUUUUGGCAAUUAGCGCAUUUCACGCGCUAAAAUGAUAUGUACAAAUAAUAAUCGGAUAUAUACAUGAUGUCCCACCCAACGUAUCUCUCUUUCAUCUUUGCAGGGUAAGCACAAAUCCCCCUCCAAACUAUACUUUUGUAUGAACAUAUUUUUGAUUCGAUCUUAUCUUACAAAGAUGAUGGCACGUAUAGCUUCAGAUGCAGGGUGGUCGAAUCGCGAUCUGAAGAUCCGGAUUCGAUUCCAUACGUGCUCUAUACACAUUUUUCGCGUCUGAAUAUCACCGUUCCAUCCAGUUGCUGAUUAAGAGGCAAUCAUCUGAUGUUGCUCCAUCUGAUAUGGAUCAUCUGCUUAAGCAGGAAUAAUUAACAACUUGAAAAAGGCUUAAGGCCAUGGCAUUCUGACGAACCUCAUAUCGAAGCUUUACUACUUUAAGCUGAUUCGAGAUAAAAUUUGUGAUAUAUACUAAGUGUGUCCCUCAGAAGGAUAAACACUAUUAUCAUCGCAUGGUACUAUGGUCCUAUAUAGUGUGGGCUGAAAAACCAAUUCAAAAAGGAAUUCAAAGAAGAACCCUGCAAAAAUAGAGUGAUCAUAUUGGGUGGGAUAUCCUCUAUUAUGUUCGUACAGCACAGAAGUUUUCAGCAAUAUUGCUGGAACGUUUGCAAUGUUACUGCAAUAUUGCUUGAACCUUACAAUGUUGUUACAAUGUUGCUGGAAUGAUCUGUGCUGUGUGAACGUUUUCGACUUUCAUUUAUCGAAAUGUAAUAUCGAAUGAUAUCGUGUACAUCCGAAUCGCCGCUUUUUGAUAUUUCAUUUCUUAUUUUUACGGCAGUCAAAAUAUUUGAAUACAGUGUACACGAGAAUAAUGUACUUGACGUGCUAAAAAAUGAUAAGCGAAACUGCUAUCUAUUUAAGAAAAAAUCGACUUUCGUGUGUCGGCGAUAGCAGAAAGUGUCAGAUAUAAUGUACCUGCCUAGUAUAACGUCACUUAAUAAAUGUAAAGUCGCGUUUCUCAAA